CCUGCCUUUUAAAGAUCGAAUCAGCAUCCUAUCAUUCAUUUUCCAGCACUAUUAGGAGAAAAUGGAUUCGGAUUCCUCGUUAACUCUAGCCUGCAGCAAGAGGCUAGAAGGAAAGGUUGCGCUUAUAACUGGUGGUGCUAGUGGCAUAGGCGAGUGCACUGCAAAGCUGUUUGUUCUACAUGGCGCAAAGGUUGUCAUUGCGGAUAUUCAAGAUGACCUUGGCGAAAUGGUAAGCAAAAACCUCGGCUCUCAAGAGACCAUCUCUUACAUCCAUUGUGAUGUAACAUGUGAUUCUGAUGUCAAAAAUGCUGUCGACAUGGCCGUCUCCAAAUAUGGAAAGCUUGACAUCAUGUUCAACAAUGCAGGGGUAAUAGGAACCUGUAAGGGUCCGAGGAUAUUAGAUGUAGAAAACGAAGAGUUCAAGAGAGUGCUUGAUGUCAAUUUGUUUGGUGCAUUCUUGGGUGCUAAGCAUGCUGCUAGGGUCAUGAUACCUGCCAAGAAAGGGUGUAUUCUAUUCACUGGAAGUGUGAUUACAGCAACCUGUACAGGCGCAACUCCGCAUCCUUAUUUUGCAUCGAAGCACGCCGUGGUAGGGCUUGCCAAGAACUUGGCUGUGGAGUUGGGAGGGCACGGAAUUAGGGUCAAUUGUAUCUCUCCUUUUACGACAGCAACCCCAAUGGUCACAGAAUUUAUGGGUAUCGAGAAGAGGAAGAUGGAGGAGUUCAUUUCCUCAUCAUCAGCCAUCUUGAAAGAGGUGUUAUUGGAACCAGAAGAUAUUGCAAACGCAGCAGUCUAUCUGGCAAGCGAUGAAUCCAAGUAUGUUAGUGGGAUUAAUUUGGUGAUUGAUGGAGGCUAUAGUUUGAUAAAUCCAACACUGCCAUCGGCAGUGAAAAGCCUACUUUCUUGAA